AUGGGAUGUAAAUGUUGUAAAUGUUGUAAAACUCAACGAUAUAAAAGUGAUCAAGUUUCUGAUAGUGAUACAAGAUAUUAUGAUGAUUCAAUCAAAUCUCAACAUGAAACUAAAGAAGAAAUUCAACUAGAUAAUGGUAUACAAAAUGAAAAAUCAACAAAAGUUGAUGAUUUCAUUCAUAUUGAAGUUGCUGAUCCAGCAGCUUUCAAUGAUCCUUUUAUUCAACAACGUCAACAAGCAAUAAAUAAUAAUUCAUAUCGAUCAACAAUUGAAUUAUGGCAACCAAAUUCACUUCAACAACUUACUCAAUUUAUUAAAGAUAUAUCUAAAGGUAAAUCAAUAGUUGAUCGUCAUUGGAUUAUUUUUUAUUGGAUUACAUUUAAUAUUGAAUAUGAUGCUGUAUCAUAUUUUGCAAAAGAUUAUAAAGAUCAAACAGCUGAAGGAGUUUUUCAAACACGAAAAGGUGUAUGUGCUGGUUAUGCUAAUUUAUAUAAAUAUCUAUGUAAUCAAUUAGAAAUACCAUGUGAAAUCGUCAGUGGAUAUUCAAAAGGUUAUGGAUUUGAUGAUCGAGAAGGUGCACCAACUGAAACAGAUCAUGCUUGGAAUGCUGUUGAGAUUUAUCAUCAUUGGUAUUUAAUGGAAUCAACAUGGGGUGCUGGACAUUUAGAUGAUGCAAAAGAAUUUAAACGUGAAUUAUCAUCAUAUUAUUUUCUUCCACGUCCAAAUGAAAUGAUUUAUCAUCAUUUACCUGAAGAUGAAAAAUGGCAAUUAUUACAAACACCAAUAAAAAUGACACAAUAUUUACAAAUGCCUCAUCUUCGUCCAGAAUACUUUGAAUAUAAACUUGAAAUGAUUCAACCUCGAUAUCAAUGUUUUAUUAAUCUCGAACAAGACGAACCAUUUGCAUUAGUUAUUAUGAAAGCACCAGUUGAUGUAUGUCUUACAGGUGAUUUAAAAUUACAUGAUGAAAAAGUUGAAGGUGGUCAACAGGUUAUUUUUGAUAAAAGAAAACGACUUUACAAUUGUUAUUUUGCUCCAUCUAAUAUUGGUAGUCAUAAAAUAACAAUUUAUGCAAAACGUGAUAAUACAGAUGUUAAUAUAUUUCGAUCUGUACUUGAUUUAACACUUGAUAUAAAACAAAUGCCAAAAAAUCGAAUAAGUUAUCCAAAAACUUGGUCAAUUUUUUUUGAUUAUGGAUUAAAAAUAGUUUCUCCAUUAAAAACACAUUUAAUUAAUCUUAAAAAUAGUGAAAAAUAUGCAGAAAUACUUAUAAGAACACCAUCUGAUAUUGAAUUAAUGGGUACACUUAUGGAUCAUAAUGAAGAAAAAAUUCCGUAUGCUAAUGAAGUUUAUUAUGAUCGUGAAAAAGAAUGUUGGAGAUGUCGAUUUGCUCCAAAUAAGUCCGGAAUCUUUAAUGUUCUUAUACUUGCUAAGAAAAAAUCUGAUCCGAAAAGUUUUUCUUCUGCUGUCUCAUUCAAAAUUAAUGCAAAUCAAAUUUCGUCGCCAUCAUUAACUUUUCCGACUACUUGGCAAACUUUUUAUGAUCUUGGUCUUAAAAUACUUUCUCCAAUUGAUCAGGGUAUUAUUGUCUUACGUAAUAAAACACCGUGUACUGAAAUUCUCAUACAAACUCCUAAUGAUAUUGGUUUAAGGAGUCAAUUACAAAAUGAUAAAAAUGAAAAAAUAUCUGAUGGAAGUCAAAUUUCUUAUGAUAAUGAAAAAAAUUAUUGGCGUUGUAUAUUUGCACCUAAUCGAAAAGGAAUUUUUGAUGCUCUUAUACUUGCUAAGAAAAAAUCCGAUUCGGGAAGUUAUAUUUCUGUUGUAUCAUUUCAAAUUGACGUAAAACGACAUUCAUUUCAACGAAAAUCUUUACCAAAAACAACACAACUUUUUCAUGAUCUUAAUCUUAAACUAUUACCUCCAAAUGAUUGUUAUAAAAUCAUUUUAUCUGAACAAUCUUCAUUUGUUGAUAUAUGUUUAGAAACUCCAAAUGACGUCAAACUUAUAGGUCAAUUAGAAAAUUCUAAUGAAGAAGAAAUUCCGAAUGCAGAUCAAGUUUAUUAUAAUCGACACAAAAAUAUUUGGUAUUGUAAAUUUGCACCUAAUAAUAAGGAUGUUUUUAGUGCUAUGAUUAUGGCAAAGAAAAAAUCUAGUUCUGAUACACGUUAUUCUCUUGUUGUUACUUUUCAAAUUGAAGUUAAUCAUAUUCCUACACGACCUGUAACAUUUCCAAAGACAUGGGAAUUAUUUCAUGAUUUUGACCUUACAAUUGAAGCACCACGAAAUUGCUCAACCGCUAAAUGGAUAGAAACAUUAUCUUAUGCAGAAAUUCUUAUUCGAGCACCAGAUGAUAUUCAAAUGUCAUGUUCUAUAGAAUAUCAAAAUAGACCUAUAGAAAAUGGUGCAUUAGCACAAUAUGAUUAUGAAAAAAAACUUUGGCAACUUUUAUUUGCACCUGAACAAACAGGUCGACAUGAAUUAAUAAUUUUUGCUAAACGAAUAGAUCAUACUGCUAAAUCAGCUAAUUCCGUUGCUAUGUUUUCAUUGAAUGUUACAAAACUUAGACAACCGAUGAAAUUUCCAAUGACUUAUACACAAUUUCAAACUACAAAAUGUCAAAUUUAUACACCAUUAAAUGGAAUAUUAAAAAAAGAUUCUAUUGUACCUAUUCAUUGUUAUAUUCCUGGUGCAAAAUCAGUUAUAUUAACAAUUGAUUCUCGAACACUUCGAUCUGAAGGUUAUGUAGAUCAGAUUUUACAACGAGAAAUAACUGCCGGUUCUGGAGAAGUUGUUAUUCAUGCAAAAUAUGAACAAAAUCCCCAUUACAUAAGUCUAAUUAAAUAUUUUGUUGAAUAA